UUGACAUUUUUUUUAUCGACAGUGAAACUUACGUUAUUACGUCGAUUGUUUAUGUGUACUUGAUAACUUGAACAGAUAUCAAAUUUUUUUCUCUGUAAUACAAAUAAAGUUGUGACGCGUAAUUAAUCAAGUUAACAAUUAUUAAUUGAAUAAGGUGACAUUUUGGAGCAAAUACUCUCUGGGAUAUAUUACAUUAAAAAGAGUUCUAUUUUAAAAUAUACGUUUUAAAUAAUUUUUAAAAUGCCUAAACGAAAAUUUGAUGAGUCAAAUGAUGUUGAGCCUUUAACUGAAGUGGCUGGAGUAUCAUUUAAAAACUCACUGGAUUCAGACGAAGACGACGAUGAAGUCGAGGAUGAGGCCUACAAUGUGAUGAAUGACGAUGAUUUUGAAGGUCUCGAAGAAGGUCCAGGUGCUGAAGCAAAUAUUGGUUUCACAGCAUUCAAUAUGAAAGAGGAACUUGAGGAAGGUCAUUUUGAUAAAGAUGGUCAUUAUCUUUUGAAAAAAGAGAAACAAAUACGAGAUAACUGGUUGGAUAAUAUUGAUUGGGUUAAGGUGAAGCCUGAACUUGCAAAGAAUCGAAAAAGUAAGGAAAAAAUGUCAAAAGGAAUUGCAGACAGUGACAGUGAUAGUGAUGAAGAUCCUGAUCGAAUGUUUGAUCCAGUUCCAUUGUACAAAAAAAUUUUGGAAUUCCUACAACCUGGUGAGACUGUUAAAAAAGCUCUCUGUCGAUUGGGAAAAGGAAAGAAACAAUUAACGACAGCUGAGAGAUGGAAAAGGAAGAAGGAUCCAUCUUUGGCCAAGGAGGACGAGGAAAAAUCCGCUCAAAUCACUAAACUUACGGAAUUUGCUAACGAAUUGCUUACGCGAACUGGAAAUAUGGAUAUUUAUGAGGAAAGCUACGAGCAAAUUAAAAAGAAGGUUACGCCACCAAAAUCGAAAGCGGAAGCUGAACUUGAUAUGUACGCAGAUGAUUUUGAUGAAAAGGAAAAAGAAAAACUGGAUACAAACACUCCUGCAGAACAAGAAAAUGAAGAGCAAAAUGUAGAUGAUGUAGAGUCAGUUACCUGGGAAUUAAAAUGGUCACAAAACGAUAAUGCAGAAGUUAGCGGACCUCAUAAGACGGAAAAAAUGCUGUCAUGGUCGAAAGAAGGUUACUUUAAAAAGGGCGCUUGGGUUCGUAAAACUGGACAGACUGGUGAAUUUUACAGUGCUGCUCGAAUUGAUUUCGAUUUAUAUCUUUAAUUUACGAAUUUAAUGUUUAAAAAAUAUUUUAAACAUACACGUGGCAUUUAUUUGAGAAAAAAAAAUAUGCCACUUUUUGUGUAAAAUUAAAUCUAUAUUUUAUCUUCAACAUCAAUGAUGAAUGUAUGUUAAUAAUGUACAGGGAAAGAAUAUACAUAAAUAUACUUUCCAAGUAAAUUAAUUAUUUUAAUAAAAAGAAUAGAUUUAUUUAA